CAUAUCUUCGCGUGCUAGUCGUCCCUCAAUCCCUGGUGGAUGCAUUUACCAUCGUUUGGGGGGCGCACCAGUAGGCGCAGUCUCAGUCUCCUGCACCUGCUGCCCUCUCCUUUUGCUGCCGCGGCCGCCGCGGCCGCUGUCUCUCCUGCUCCCACUUCCUCCCCUACUCCCCCCUCCUUCUCCUUCUCCCUCUUCGGCUCCUACUCCCGCUCCCACUCCCACCCCAGAUCCAGUUCCAGCUCCAGCUUCUCUUUCUGCCCUCCUCGUACUCCUCCUCCUCCCGCUCCGGUUCCUCCUCCUGCUCCUGUUCCACCGCCCCCCGCCCGCCUAAGCGGCUGCUUACCUUACGGAAUCCCUGCGGUUCCAUCGACGGCCAAAAUCCCAUUCGAUUGACCCAUCAGCCAAGUGCUUCGACCCGCCCUGUGCGUAAACUUACCGCCAUGCGCGUCCUCUCCCAGCGCUAACCGGCGCACUUUCCAUCCAUUAUCGUCUCGUAAGCAUACCGCGUCAAACGAUAAAUGUCAUGUCAACAUCCCUCAAUAUCGCCCCCGAAUGUCGCGAUGGCCAUUCAGAGUCAGUACAUGAUGAUAUUUGCCUCCACGUCAUGUUCGCCUCUCCGCUGUUCACAGGUUUGGGCGCAGCUAAGUGGUCUCCUCUUACCCAAAGAAGUCGAAUUUUCACAUAGCAAUCGCCGCAAAACGCGAAACACGCGCGUCCAGCAACAGAAGAGUGGUGGAGGAUGAUGCGUACUGUACAGUCUGUUGCCAUAAAGCAGGUCGCACCUGGCCGUGCGCAGUCGGCCCCAGCAGUGGUUGCCUAGGACAG